GGUCUUCCCAGCCGAGUGGAGUCAGACGCCGACAGCGGGUCGAGUCGUCCGGCAUGACAGAUGAAUGACCACAGCAGCGGCCAGUGACACGUCUGCCAAGGAGCGAGCAUGCAGCCCCGGCGGUGACAGCGAGAAGACGCCGAGCGGGAGCUUUUUGCCGUCGAGUCACGUUGGGAAGUGCAGUGCAGCAACCACAGUCUGGAGCUCCCGAAGCGGGGUACAAUAAUUAAAACCCGGUUCGUGUACACUUAUCAUGGUCUUCCAGAAGCCUUUGCCAUUUAGAAAGGGCUGUCUGUCACAAGGCCUUUGACUAUCUGAUGCUCCAGUAGAACAUCACAACCCCGUAUAAGUGUUUCAAAGAAAAGACGGAUGAUCACCUUUAAAGGACUUGUUUAGACUGAACUCGGCAACCACACAAGAUGUGAUCAAAGAUUGCUGCACCUUACCUUUUCACUGAGUCCAUCGGGAAGACAUCUGUAAAGAAACAUUGCCAAGCUGUUCACUAUAUUCUUCGACGUUUUGACUUCUCAAAACCAUGACCUCUGAACUGGAAAGUAGCUUGACCUCAAUUGACUGGCUUCCACAGCUCGGCAUGAGGGCGGCCAUCCAGAAGACAGACAGAGAAGUGGGGGGACUUCACCACGGUCAUUACCAUGGACAUCACAACCACCACCAUGGUCUUCAUCAUGGACAUCACAUGCCAGGAAAGAAAAUCGUGCAGCUGGACCCCGGAGCAACUAUGGAUCAGGAAGAAAGUAGCCAACACAGAGACGGUAAACCACCAUAUAGCUACGCAAGCCUCAUCACCUUUGCCAUCAAUGGCUCGCCUCGCAAACGCAUGACCCUCAGUGAGAUCUACCAGUGGAUCUGUGACAACUUCCCAUACUACAGAGAGGCAGGCAGCGGCUGGAAGAAUUCAAUACGACACAACCUGUCCUUGAACAAGUGUUUUCUGAAAGUGCCUCGCUCCAAAGACGACCCUGGCAAAGGUUCCUAUUGGGCCAUAGACACCAACCCUAAAGAUGACGCCGCACCCAGCAGGCCAAAGAAGAGGCCACGAUCUGGAGAAAGGGCGUCAACCCCUUACAGCUUGGAGUCAGAGUCUCUGCGAAUGGACUGCAUCAUGUCAGGUGGCACGUCACCUACUUUGGCCAUCAAUGCGGUAACAAACAAGGUAGCCCUGUACAGCCCAGAAGCAGACGACUGCGAGAGUCCCGGCAGCCUGAGCAACAGUCUCUCUGAGCAAAGUAUGACAUCCAUCAACCUGAACAACAUGAACUCGACUGUGAGCAGUAGCAGCAGUAUGCACAAAUACACCCCGGUUAGUAGUCACGCUGAACCUUCGUCCCAGUCCCUGAGUCUUCAGCCACCCAGCCAGCCCACUCGGCCUCCCCCUCCUCCUCCACAGCCGCAGUACGCUCUGCCCGUGCCAGAGUCACGGGACAAACACCUCUGCUUCUCGGACUUCGAGGACCUGAGCGCCUCUUUCCGCAGCCUGUAUAAAUGCAUCUUUGAGCAGUCGUUCUCGCAGCAAGCGUUGAUGGUUAUGCCCGGCGAUUCGAACCAAUCAACACGAACCGCCUGCUCCUAUCAGCACUCACCUGGUGCUAGGAACGGCAGCAGCGGCAGCGGCACAGGGGGUGGCGGCCACCACCAUCAACGCAACCAUCACCACGCCCAUCUUCCUCAGCAUCACCUCUCCGCCCAUGGCCGGCACCCGCCUCUCUCCCACCAGAGUCACAGUCGGCAGAGCUGCCCCACGACAGGUAUGACUUCAGAUUGGUAUCCAAACCUGGACUGGAUAAAGGAAAGCUGCCGCAUUGCUACCAGCUACAAUUGGACUGAUGUAGAUCUUUCUCCAUUUCAAGGCCUGAAGGAGAGCAUGCGUCAGGCCGAGCUCAACAACUGGUCCCUGGAUGCCGCUCAGAUAGCUGAGCUGUGUUCGUCCAUCAACCAGUUCUUCUCGGCCACGGGCGUCAUCCCCCCUCAGGGCGCUGCCCUCUCCCAACCUCAGGUUGCACACCCAGCUGCGCCGAGGGCACCUCAGCACCCACCUCAGCCGCACGGCGACAUGCACCCCAAGGCUGGCCAACACAAUCAGCAUGGCCAACUCAUUCGAACAGGGAACAUGUACAUGGACUCCAGGCAGAACAUUCCGUCUCUGAUGGGCCCACCUGGAUACCCCCACAUGCCUCCCAUUAGCAACACAGCUCCCACCAUGACGGGGGACUCCUCCAUCACACUCUUAUCAGGCCAUCACAGCCAACUGAGCCAGCAGCAGCAGCACAUGUUGCCUCCAGGACACUUUCAGGUAAGGCGCAUGCUGGCUACCGACGACAUCCAGGACGACUUCGACUGGGACUCCAUCGUGUGAACAGGAAGUAAGAGGCGAGAUCUAAUGAAGACUGUGCAGGUGGGAAAUAGCCCGCUCAAAAAAGCUAAAAAAUGACUGAACACAAUCCAAGAAAAGAAAUCUUUUCGGAGACGUCGAACUGGAGACAAUCAGUCACCAAGUGGACCAAGCUGUAAAGCGACACUGAGCGAAUGAUCUUUUCAUGAGUUGCCCUCCCUCAUGCAGGCAUGGCUGACAAGUUAUGAAAACUUUGAAAACAUCAGUGAAAUCUUUGCUUUUUUUUUUUUUUUACACCCGUUUAUUACCCAGGAGUAUUUGGGCCACAUAAAAAAUGAAAUAUACUCUGAGGUAAUAAAGAGUCAUGUUUUUCAAGGGAAAAAAAGUCAUAAUUUUGUGAGAAUAGAGUGUUCCUCAAUUUUUUUUUUUUAAACCUAUUCUCCAUUUUUAUGUUCAGGCCAAAGCCCCGUCUAAUAUAGAAUUCUUGGUUUUCCAUUAUCUUUUGGCAUUUACAAACCUUUUUCUGGCCAGGUCUCACCCCCAUUUAUUCACUGUUUGCCACAGCGGGGGAACACUAUAAUAUUGUGCUGGGGGAGUCAUAAUAAUUCAAAAUUAAAGUUGAUCUGUACAAAUAAAAUCUAUAUAUAUUUUAUUGACUCUCAGAGUGGCCACUCAUGAAGUUAACAUGU